AUGUGCGGCGGACGGCAACUUGCGGACGCCAAGGUUCCCGCGGUGACGCGGAAGGUGAUGGCGGCAACGCUGUGGACCGAGAAGAAGAAGCCCCGCCGGAGCGACGGUGUGGGGCGGCACUUCACAGGGCUCGGUGGGCGCAGGCGACUCAGGCUGGACGACGACAAGGAGGACUUUGAUGCCGAGUUCAAGGAGUUUGAGGCCAACUCCGGGGACUCCGACUUGGAGCUGGGGCCCGGUGGGGUCGCUGAGAAGGAUGACGAGGAGGAGGUCGUCGAGAUCAAGCCCUUUGCCACCAUCAAGAGGCCCCUCUCCCAUGAUGACUUAAGCACCGUGAGUAUGACUUGUUUUGAUGGUCCUUCAGAAAGGCCAGCAAAAAGGAAGAGAAAGAACCAAUUCAAGGGUAUCCGCCAACGCCCCUCAGGUAAGUGGGCUGCUGAAAUGAGAGAUCCUAGCAAGGGUGUCCGUGUUUGGCUUGGUACUUUCAACAGUGCUGAAGAAGCCGCAAGAGCUUAUGAUGUUCAAGCACUCAGGAUCCAUGGCAAGAAGGCCAAGGUUAACUUUCCAGAGGAACCGGCAGUUCAGGAACCUAAAGCACCCAAGCCAAGUGCAACACAGGAACCUACCGUCACACCAGCAGUCAACAACCCUGCCAACACAAAUGCUUUCAUGUACCCAUCUGCUGACUUUGCAUUAAACCAACCACUUAUUCAGCUUGAUAACGUGCCAUUUGUUCCUACGAUGAACUAUGUUGCCCCUGUUGAAGCUCUUGCUAUGAACAUGUACUUUGGCGAGGGAAGCAACAUUUUUGGCUGGUCUGACUUGGGCUGGGAGUAUGACAUCAAGACUCCAUAUAUAUCAUCCAUGGCUCCCGUUUCCACUAUUGCUGAAGGAGCAGAAUGUGCGCCUGUUCACACUAACACCUACAACUCGAUGGUGCCUCCUGUUAUGGAGAACGAUGUCGUCGACAACAUGGACCUUUGGAACUUUGAUGACAUGCCCAUCUGUGACGAAUUUUUCUGAGGGAUUCAAAUCCCCUGUGUAUCGGGACAAAGGGAUAAGACUAUGGGAGAUUGGGAAGCACACUAUUGUCACCUUCGGUCAGCAUAUGCUUAUGUCCAAGUUUAGAUGCAAAAAAGUCGCAUCCUAAGUCUCUUUUGUAAUCGACCCUUUCCCUAAUUGAUUGUCUGUGUGGUAGCCAUUUAUGAUGAACCGUCGUCUUUAUCGUUUGUCAACUUUGAUGUCGUUGCUAUCAUUUCUAAAUGUGAACAGCGUGAA